CUUCCCGUUACCACCUUCUCUCUUCCUUCUUCACUUCUUCCCCUCACACUCUCCACUCUCUCCUUCACACUCUUCAAUGGCUAAAAAACUCCAUUACACAGUCCUUUCUUUCUUCUUCCUCUUCUCUCUUCUCAAAUAUUCCUCUUCUCUAAACCCAGAUAUUCAACCAUUACUAGCUUUCAAAUCAGCUUGUGACCAAACCAACUCACUUUCCAACUGGAACUCUAGCACCAACCCAUGUACAUGGACUGGAGUUUCAUGUCUUAACAACCGAGUCUCUCGACUUGUUCUUGAAAAUCUUAACCUCAAAGGGUCUUUUCAAAACCUUUCAUCUUUGAAAGAACUUCGCGUAUUAAGCUUAAAAAACAACCAAUUUUCAGGUCCAGUUCCGAAUCUUUCUAAACUUACUGCACUUAAACUACUGUUCCUUUCGCAUAAUGAGUUUUCUGGGGAUUUUCCUGAGUCUUUAACGUCUCUUUUUAAGCUAUACCGGCUUGAUCUGUCGUAUAAUAACUUUUCCGGUGAGAUUCCGGCGAAUGUGAACCGUUUAACUCAUUUGCUUACUCUUCGUUUAGAAGAAAAUGAUUUUUCCGGUGAGAUUUCUGGGGUUAAGCUUUCUAAUCUUCAAGAGUUUAAUGUUUCGGGUAAUAAACUUGUUGGUGAAAUACCCUCUUCGCUUUCUGGUUUUCCGGUUUCAGCAUUUUUGAAAAACCGGGUGCUUUGCGGUUUUCCAUUGCCAAAAUGUGCGGUGAAUAUUCCUCGUGACCCGACAAUGGCAGCUCCGGUGAGUCCGAAAAGUACUGUGGCUUCUUCUCCUAGUAUAUUGCCUGUGACCACAACAUCCGCUGGUCCAAAAGUAACGCGUCAUAGCAGUGGAAGUAAGAUGAGUUCAUUAGCAAUAAUCGCUAUUAUACUUGGGGAUGUGUUUGUUCUUGUUGUUGUUUGUUUAUUGCUGUACUGUUUCUUCUGCACUCGGAAAAUGUCAUCUCAGAAACAUGGGUCACACAUUCUUGAAGGUGAGAAAAUUGUGUACUCGUCGAGCCCGUAUCCGAAUACGGGCUUGGGUCAGGGCCAAACGGGCGGGUUCGAGAGGGGGAAGAUGGUGUUUUUCGAAGGGGCGAAGAGAUUUGAGCUUGAGGAUUUGUUGAGAGCGUCGGCUGAGAUGUUGGGGAAAGGUGGAUUUGGUACUGCUUAUAAGGCAGUGUUGGAUGAUGGAAAUGUAGUGGCUGUGAAAAGAUUGAAAGAAUUGAAUGUUUGUGGGAAAAGAGAAUUUGAGCAACAAAUGGAAGUUUUGGGAAGACUUAGACACCCAAAUUUGGUUGGUUUGAAAGCAUAUUAUUUUGCUAGAGAUGAGAAGUUGUUGGUCUAUGAUUUCAUGACUAAUGGCAACUUGUUUUGGCUUCUUCAUGGAAACAGAGGGCCGGGAAGAACUCCUUUAGACUGGACAACAAGGUUAAAGAUUGCAGCCGGAGCGGCUCGAGGGCUAGCCUUUAUCCACAACUCAUGCAAAUCCUUGAAACUAACUCAUGGCAAUAUCAAAUCAACUAACAUCCUCAUUGACAAAGGUGGCAAUGCACGUGUCUCCGACUUUGGUCUAGCCAUCUUCGCGACGCCAUCUUCCGUCCCAAAAACCAAUGGCUACCGAGCCCCUGAAGUAGCAUUGGAUGGUCGAAAAAUAACUCAAAAAUCCGACGUCUACUCAUUCGGGGUCCUACUCCUCGAGCUGCUAACCGGAAAAUGCCCCUCGGUCGUGGAUAAUGGUGGUCUUGGAACCGGCUAUGGAGGCGUCGUGGACUUGCCGAGGUGGGUGCAAUCCGUGGUGAGGGAAGAGUGGACAGCGGAAGUGUUUGAUUUGGAGUUGAUGAGGUAUAAGGACAUUGAGGAAGAAAUGGUGGGGUUAUUGCAGAUAGCAAUGGCUUGUACUGCAGCAUCACCAGAUCAAAGGCCAAAGAUAAAUUAUGUUGUGAAAAUGAUUGAAGAGUUGCGUGGGGUUGAGGUUUCACCUUCUCAUGACACUGCUGAUUCUGUUUCUGACUCUCCUGCUGUUUCUGAAGAUAAUACAUGUGGUGCAAGUCAGUGAUAUUUAGCUUAGCUAGUAGUGAAAGGUUUUAUUAGUUUAUUCUUCUGAGUUUCGUAAAUUAACCUUUUAGUCUUGAUCCUUUUCCUAUAACAGAAGAUAUUAGGAGAACGUUUACAAGCUGAAAUUAUUCCUCUUUUGUCAUUUUUUAGUUUAUUUUCUAGUAUAAGUUAAGCUUUACAUUUUUUCAUUGUGCAGCCAUUACAGAUGAACUCAUACCAUCCACUUAAAGUAAGAUUUUCCACUUUUUCCCGA